UGAAAGGGACUGUGAAAGUUAAGCCAUUCAAGCAAGGACCUAGGAAGGGAACAAGUGGUGCAGUUUUGCCUGGUGAAAACAGAUCUUACAUUUCAUCAACAUUUAGUCCUGACAUGCCACAGCUUAAACAGCCCUGUGAUGUUUUUCCUUCUAAUAAACGUUUCUUUCCUCCUGAUCCCUCCUGCACUGGCACCCUGGGCCUGUGCCCGCUUCUGUCCGGCCGGCUGCACGUGCACCCAGGAGAAGAGCUGCUCGGUUCUAUGUGACCACGCCAACCUGCCCGACAUCCCCAGGGAGUUCCCCUGCGAAGCCUCCACCAUCAACCUGGACAAGAACAGCCUGAAGUUCCUGUCAGAGCGCGCUUUUGGAACCUUGCCAGCCCUGCGCUCGCUCUCCCUCGACCACAAUAACAUCUCGUUCAUCACUCCGGGAGCCUUCAAGGGCCUUCCGAACCUGCUGGAGCUUAAGAUGGCCCACAACGAGUACAUCCGCUACCUGCACACGCGCACCUUCACGUUCCUCAGACGCCUGGAGAGGCUGGACCUCUCCGACUGCAACCUCUUCAAUAUGCCAGACCGGAUCUUCCUGGAGCAGAUAGCCCUGAAGGAGCUGCUGUGCUUCCAGAACAACUUCCGCCGCAUUCCGGGAGCCCUCCGGGGAAUGGAGAACCUGACCCAUGUCUACCUGGAGCGCAACAAGAUUGAAGCCAUCGCCUACAACUCCCUGCUGGGCCUGACCAGCCUCCGGUACCUCAACCUGCAGGAGAACCGGAUCAAUGUCAUCCAUGACCAGGCCUUCCAAGACCUCCGGCGUCUGGAGAACUUCUACCUGAACGACAACCUGCUGGUGGACCUCCCAAAGGAGUCCUUCAAGGGCCUCUCCCGCCUUAAGAUGCUCAACCUGGGUGGGAACCUGCUCACCAACAUCUCCAAUACCUGGUUUAGUGACCUGGUGGAGCUGGAGGUCCUUUACCUGGACCGGAACCAACUGUCCUACAUCAAAGAGGGAGCCUUUGAGAACCUUACCAGCCUCAUCUCCCUCCACCUCAAUGGCAACAACCUGACUGCUCUGCCUUUCUCCGUCUUCCAGCCAAUCUACUUCCUAGGUCAUCUGUAUCUGUUCCGCAACCCUUGGGAGUGCGACUGCAGCCUGGAGUGGCUGAAGGAGUGGAUGGAGAGCUACAAGCUGGUCAGGGACAUCCCCUGUGCGUCCCCCUCUGGCGUGGCUGGCCUGGACCUCAGCGAAGUGGUCUACAACAAGCUGGACGGAGUCUGUGUGGACCUAAGCGAACUCAACUUCACCACCCUGGCACCCGCGCCUUCUGAGCCCUGGCGCUCCACCACGGAGAACCGGUUCAGCAGCCUGAUCUCCAGGCUCCUCCAGCAGGAGCUGAGGGAGGAGGUGGGGAACACCACCGAUAAUCUGAGGAAUGGCACCCUGAUCGACCAGGCUGAACUGUCCGCUGGGGCCUGCCGCGCCAUGGCUAACCCAUCCCUGCUGCUCCUCCUCUUCAGUACAUGGCUGAUCCCAGUCAUGACGAUGGGUUCUCUCCCCACAUAUACCGAUGUGUCCUGAAAAACAAUGGGAUAUUUUGUGAGAAGAAUCUUUCAUCUUUCCAGCUGCUUGAGGCAAAAAAAAAAAACAAAAAAAAAAACAAACAUUUGAAAUGCCAAGCACAAAAGGUAGUGCUUUUAAGCCUAAUCCUUUUGCCUGGAAAUCAGAGACUUUAAAAAAGAACCUCUGUUGGGACUUCUCUGUUUAAAGCAGUGCCCUGAAAAUAAUACAAAUGUAUACAAAUCUAUACAAAGACAGUGGAAGGUCUGUUUCUGAGGUGAGGUGAAGGUUGUAAUGACUGAUAGAGGAAGAAAUGCCUACUGAGUAGAAGUCGGCCAACAAAAUACAUUUCUGUGAUCCUGGGUAAUUUAUGAAAUGCAGAAAAGCCAUCAUGUGCUAUUAUGUACAAUGCUGAGAGAACUGCUGUUUCCUAGAAUUAUUUUGGAGAAGAAAGACCAAUGGUACAACUGUGACAGGGGAAAAAAAUGAUAAAAAUGGACUUCAGUAACACUAUUAUCUGUGUGCAGCAUAAAAUUCAAUGGCUUUAAAUGACUACAUGCCAAAUACAGUGAAAAUGUGACUGUGUAAGUAUGGUGCAGUUCCUGUUAUACUAUAAGAAUCGUUUUGAAUAAAUGUAUAGGAUAAAAAAGGUGAUUUAAAUUAAUAAGUAGUUGUCUUAGUUGAUAUUUAAUAAUCUGAUAGUUGAUUACAAUUUUUUUGUAAGAUAUACUACAUUUAAUCGCAUUUUAUUGAAAUAGAUCAGCCUUCUUUCUUUUCAUAUUCAUAAAACUGCUCUGAUGCUGACUUUAGGAGUUUCUGAAGAGUUUACUGUUGCUUAUUAGUAAAUUUUAUUUUUUUGGUAAAAUUGUACAAAAAGAGUAUUUAAAAAAAGCUAUAGAUGUUAUAGCUAUAUACGUUCACAGCAUUCUUCUCUAGAACAGAUGGCACUAUGGCAGUAUAUGCACAAUUUUCUUGUUUUAUUCAUUCACCUAGAUUUCCAGGCUUUUAAUAAAUGCAUUAAUCUCCUUAAUGUCAGGCUUAUCCGCACUCUGCAUUGCGUAAACCAUCCUCUUAACUUAACCAAAUGGAAUAACUUUAUCAUUUCAUUUUUCUACUUUUAUGUGCAUUUUCUCACCCUUUUCCUGCAUUAAUUACACACAAGUAUUGCAUGCACAAUACAGUUUUAAAUGAGGUGAGAAAGGAGGGCAGGAAAAAAGCGCUUGCGUCUGACAUAACAUGGUUUACAUCCACGUGCAUGAUUAAUUUGACUACAUUAUGUUUAGGUUAGUAUAAACUCAGAAAUAGAAUGUUUGUUUUUUUUCACUGCUAAUAUUCUGUAAUAUGUAAGUUUGCACACACAGGUGUGCCUUUUGCUUCAUUGAAUAAAGCGAG